AUGGCGGCGCUGACCGCGGUCGCGGCUCCAGCUGGCGGGCCCAAGGCGGUCGCGUUCUUUGCCGGGGCCCGGGGCGCGCUGGCGGGUGUCUCCUUCGCGACAAGUCUGCGCCUCGCUGCGGCGCCUUCUUUCCUGCCUAGUCCGUGCGCCUUAGCCAGGCAGCGAGCGGAGUUUCCGAAGGUGCAACAGACUGAGUCCGGCGACUGCGGAGACAGUUUCGCGGCGGAGCAGUGCGCGUCCACCGAGUGCCGCGGAGCCGACGGCACGAGGAGGCACGAAGGCCACUGCAGCGCGCGCUUUCACUCCAAUGCCGCGGACGCUUCGUCUUCUGAAAGAGGAGUGCUAGGCGGAACUGCGAAGAAACAGAAACAUGGACGACAUACGAUCCUCAGGAAUCGGUUUGGCUCGGCUCUCGCGAGUGCGCUGGGGCUCCCCUCCGCUGGCUCGGCGCCGUCUGCGUCGCAGAAGGUGAGGCAGAACAAAUCUAUCCCUUUCCUUUCGCCCGACACGCGUCGGCUGUCGACCUUGCCUCUCGCGGUGACCUCGUUUCUGUCGCGGUCGGAUGCGGGCGGCGGGCGCGGCGAGUGCGGGUCUGCAGACGGUGUAUGUACACCGCACGCGCGUCCGCGACCCCGGGCGCCUCGCGCGACCUCGCAUAUCUCACUGGUCACGCAUCUGUCGUCGCCGCCUCGUCCGCCGGGCUCGGCGUCUUUUGCCUCGCGCCCCGCCACCUCCCUCUCGGCGUCAGCUUCGUCAACCCCUGCAGCUCUCGCUGGAAAUGCCGCGCUGGAGACUCGACAGGGCCUUCAGGGCCCGCCACGCCGAUUCCUCUCCUUCGAUGCUCACCGCGUGCAAAUCCCGCACCCCUCCAAGCGGGAGAAGGGAGGCGAGGAUGCGUCGUCCUGCUCGGAAAGCUUUCUCGUCGUCGCCGACGGCGUGGGCGGCUGGGAGAGCUCCGGGAUCGACGCAGGCCUGUACGCUCGCGAGCUCGUCCAUCGCCUGCGCGCGAUCUUCGACGAAUGCGCCGGUCAGGGGGCCUCCGUCGCGGGUCCGCUCGGCGCGCCGCCGUCGCCCGCCGAGCUCGCCUCCGCGUGCUACCGCCCCGCGGCGAAGGCGGCUGGACGCAAGGAGGCGGAUGCGCAGAUGACACAAGGCGAAGCGGAGAGCCCGACGAGCGAGGGCGAAACGUGCGACAGCAAGGCAAGCGCAGGCGAAAACGAGGAGAGUCAGGCCGCGCCGGAUCCCGUGAAGCUGCUCAAGGCGGCGUAUCUCACGACGCGGUCAAUCGGCUCCAGCACCUGCUGCCUCGUCUUGCUCGACAGCCUCCACCGCAAAGUCCGCGCGGCGAACCUCGGCGACUCCGGCUUCCUCCUCUAUCGCCCCAGCGAGGACCGAGUCGUCGCCCGGAGCGCCUUCCAGUGCCACGAUUUCAAUUUCCCGCUGCAACUGGGGACAGGCAGCUCCGACAUGCCCGAGCACGCGCAAGUGCUGGAGCUCCCGGUAGAGGAGGGCGACGUCCUCUUCCUUGCCACAGAUGGCGUGUGGGACAACCUCUACGACGAACAGAUCCUAGACGUGCUGCGCAAGCAGCGAGAUGUGAGACAAGCUGCACAGGAGCUUGGCGACCUGGCCUUCAAGUAUUCGCAGAACCCGCACUGGGCGAGUCCCUUCUCCACGAAAGAGCGCGAAGUCUUGGGCUUGACUCGACGGCAUCUCGGUGGAAAACCCGACGACAUCUCCAUCAUCGUCGCGCAGGUCACGCGGUAG